AUGGCACCUCCAUCUGGUGAAGAAAAUCUCUCCGUCCUCCUUGCGACAAUGCAACCAACCUUGGACCCAACCACCUACGUCUUUCUCAACACCAGACAGCCUCUCACGUCCCUCCCUCUGGCCACUCUCGAGCCACAGCUUAUUGUCCAGGAGGCUGAAGGCAUCACUAUCGUGACCACUGAGGCAUUAGCCACAUCCCACGGCUUCAAAGAGCAGACCUAUCCUUGCAAAAAGAUCUCGCUUGCUAUCCACUCCAGUCUUGAGGCUGUCGGUCUGAUUGCGACUAUUACUUCUCGUCUCAAGGAUCAUGGUAUCAGUACCAAUGUUGUUAGCGGAUAUUUUCAUGAUCACAUCUAUGUUCCGGUGGAUCGGGCACAGGAUGCGAUGCAAGUUCUUGGGGAAUUUGCAAAUGCAAAGUGA